AUGGCCACGACCCAUGUGAUUGCGUCCAAUCCGGGCGCGCACCUCUCUAGCAGCGGCCACUCAUCGAGCUCCAGCAACAUCGUCGGCGUCCACUACAAGGUCGGCAAGAAGAUUGGCGAGGGCUCCUUUGGUGUCAUCUUCGAAGGUACCAACCUUCUCAACUCGCAGACGGUCGCUAUCAAGUUUGAGCCUCGCAAGUCGGAUGCGCCACAGCUCCGCGAUGAGUACCGUAGCUACAAGAUUCUGAGUGGAUGUCCUGGCAUCCCCCAGGUCUACUACUUCGGACAGGAGGGUCUGCACAACAUCCUCGUCAUCGACCUCCUCGGUCCCUCGCUGGAGGAUCUCUUUGACAUGUGUGGUCGCAAGUUCUCUGUCAAGACAUGUUGCAUGACUGCUCGUCAGAUGUUGACCCGCGUUCAAACGAUUCACGAGAAGAACCUCAUUUACCGAGACAUCAAGCCCGACAACUUCCUCAUCGGACGUCCUGGAACUAAGGGUGCGGGUGUCAUCCAUGUCGUCGACUUCGGCAUGGCGAAGCAGUACCGUGACCCGAAAACUAAGCAGCACAUCCCGUACCGUGAGCGCAAGAGCCUGAGCGGAACCGCCCGUUACAUGUCCAUCAACACCCACCUUGGUCGUGAGCAGUCGCGCCGUGAUGACCUCGAGGCUCUCGGACACGUGUUCUUCUAUUUCCUUCGCGGCGGUCUCCCGUGGCAGGGUCUCAAGGCUGCUACCAACAAGCAGAAGUAUGAGAAAAUUGGAGAGAAGAAGCAGUCGACGCCUAUCGCUGAGCUCGGCGAGGGCUACCCGCCCGAGUUCGCCAUCUACCUCAGCUACGUCCGAAAGUUGACCUUCGACGAGACGCCCGACUACGACUUCCUGCGCGACCUCUUCUUGACGGCUCUUCAGAACGCGGGAGAGGUUGACGACCAGGUUUACGACUGGAACUUGCUCAACAAUGGCAAGGGAUGGGAGGCUUCUACCUCGCACUCGAGCGCGGACGUUCAGCGUCAGCCUACAAGGGACCGUAACCGUGGUGACCGUGUCGACCGCCUCCGCAACGGAUCGGGAGGUGGAAACAAUGCUUCUCGGGGUACUCGCAAGUCAGGCUCAGCCCUGCCCAAUGCCAGCAACCAGGCCAUUGUUGGGGUCAGUGCCCCGUCAGGAACCCGCCAGCACUCCUCGAGCCACCCGUUCGCUUCUACCAACCAGAACAACCCCGGCUUCGACGGAUACGACGCGCAGAACGCGACCGGCAACAAGGCGGCUCAGCCUAUUUCGCCAAUGAACGUUAACAACUCUAGGCCUGGAGCCCCCGGACAGCAGCACGACGGAGAUUAUGUCCCCGAGCGCCGGGGUGGAUUCAUGAACUUCCUCAUGUGCCGUGGUUGCCGGUAG